AUGGACGUUAAAGGUUAUGAACGUGAGGCAUGCGUUGAUAAUCAGAAGCCUGCUGAAGAGUAUGAAUCCAUUGAUAACAAAAUAAAUAGAACAAUGACGCCUGAGAUUAAAAAUAACGAAGAAAGGGUUGAAUUAUGGAAUGUUCGGACAUCAGUCGAGGACAAUACAAGAAUGUGA